UUGGAUAAAUAGGACACUUUGAACUUGGAUUUGUCACAUUAGGAUUUCUAGAAGAUAUUUUAGGAAAAUAGGAUUUUAGAUCUUGUAAAAUACCAAAGUACCCUUAAUUUACCAAUUAUGUUGAAUUUAAAUUAUAAAUUAUAAUAAUUUUCGUAAUAGAUUUUAAUGUUAAAAUUAAAAUCUAUAAAAAUUAAAAAAUAAAAAAAACACUAAAUGGGAAAAAAGGAGACGCGGGAUGCCGCAAACCUAAUUCCCCUUUCUCUUUGUCUUCUCCGUCGUAGACUCGUCGCUCUCCCACGGCGAUUUAGGGUUCAACGGUGAGAAGCUCUGUUCUUCGUCGGUGUUUCAUCAGCCCGUGGUCUCUACUCUCGUCUCCGUCACCAUCCUUUUCGAUCUCACUGAAGACACAACGGCUGCGAAUCGUUCUUCCUCUUCGUCGGGUCAAAUCGAUUUUCGAAGUGUUCUUCCAUCAAUUUCGCCUCUCAAUCUCACAAUUCUUCACAGAAGGUAUUGGAUUUCAUCUAUAGAUUCUCAUAUUAAACGAAAUCGAAGUGUUCUUCCAUUAAAGCUUGAUUUUUUUUUAAAAUGAUUUGCCGUGUUUCUUAAAAUAAUUUUGUUUCACGGAUUGGUUGAUAUUAUUGAAACCUUUACAUGUGUGAUGAUAUUGAAACCUUUACAUGUUGAACUAAUAAUUUUGUCACGGUUUGUAGCUAUGUCUGAGGAGCUACCGAAGAGGCUUUUUAAGGAGGGCGAGGAGCCCCGAGUUACUCAGAUCAACAACAACUGCAGGAUCGACUACAUAAUCCGAAAGUUCCAAGCGUGGCUGCCAAAGGAGUUGGAUGUCGUGAAGAAAGACCCGGUUUUUCAUCAGAUUUUUAAGCUCCAUGAGAAUGGUCUUGGAUACUCUGCGAGGGUGAUACACAGCUUCUUGUGUAGGGAGCUGGUGACUUUCUUACAGCACGAGCUAUGGUUUGUCUUUGCGAGGAGACCGCUUCGAUUCUCAUUGCAAGAGUUCCACGCCGUAACCGGGUUUGAAUGCGAUACUCACAUUUCGAUUGAGGAGUUUGAAGAGUGGAAAUAUGAUGGUGGUUUCUGGAGCAAGGUUUUGAGGAGAAAAGAUGGAACAAUUACACUCUUCAACCUGUGGACUAAGGACAAGGAAGCUGUAAAGAAAUGGAAGAAUGCAGAUCGCAUACGUCUUAUCUACUUGGCGAUCAUUCUUUGUGUGGUAUUGGCGAGAGAUGAGAAGGCUAAUAUCCCCCUGAAGUACAUCGCGGUGGUCAUGGAUCUUGACAGAGUUCGAAGGUAUCCUUGGGGAGUUGCUGCUUAUGACCUUCUCUGCAAAUCCAUAGCCAAAAAUCGUUCCCAACUGAAGGAAAAGACCACUAGCUAUGUCUUGGAUGGCUUCUCAUACGCCUUGCAGAUUUGGGCAAUGGAAGCGGUGCCAAAAAUCGGGAAGCUUUGUGGAAAAAAGCUGGAUAAGGGUUUCAAGGACGGUCCUAGAUGCAUAAACUGGAUGGGAGCUGCGAAGGUGUCAUAUGAGGAGAUCAUUCGCUUGGAGGAGAUUAUUACACCCAAGGAUGACAUCUACCCAUACAUCUCAUGGACAGGAAAUUAUGAUGUUGUCAAAGCUCAGGCGUUUCGCAGAGAUGAUGAUGUGGAGGAUGACAGAAUCAAGGUUCUGAUGGAGAUGAUAAAGAAGGGGCAUGAUUUUAGUGAGCAUGUUUGGGAAACUGAAGAAAAUGAAGUGAUUUCUUUAUCUCUCGAUGACGAAUCAGCUGUGAAUGAUGAAGCAAGCGUGAAUGUUGAAGCAGCCGAGAGUGAUGACGACUUUCAGACUCCGAAAGGAUCAAAAAACGUUGGUUCUAGAUCAAAGAGGGGUAAAAAGAGGCUUCCCGAUCGUGGUAUGGAGAAGAGAAAGCAUAAGGUUCUCGCAAGUGGCGCAAAGCAAGCUCCUUUUAAUGAAGACAUGAAGGCUUUUAUGACACAGUUGUUUGAGCACAACUUCUCUGGAAUGGAACAAAGGAUACAGAAACAGAUGGCCGAGACAUUUGAGCAGAUGCGGACAGAGCUUAAACAAUCACGUAAGGAAGCCAGCGUUGAAGUUGAGCUUGGAGAGCCUUCACCGACAAAGCCAUCGACGAGCCAGGCACCGUUGAGGAGGUCCACACGCGGGGAUGGUUCCGAGACUACAUUCGAUGUGAAUUAUAGUGAAGCAGAUGAUUUGGGUCGCGGGAUAGGUACACAAGGGGUUGAAGGGCUUUCUCAGACGUCGUAUGUGCCAGGCUUUGAUCCAUCUCAGGACAAAAAAGAAGAAGACUGGUGGACUCCAAUGACUUCGGUCCGAGGUUCAGUGGAUAAUCCAGUAAAGAAAGAAAAGACAGAGAUGAAUACAGCUCCACCGCCGUCACAGUGGGAGAAAUGGUGCAAAAGAAAAGGUCAUGGACUUCAGCUUAGCGAUUCACCAUUGCCAGAAGAUGCUUCUCCGCAGGCGUCACUUUAUUAUAUCUCCGAAGAGUCAUGGAAAGGAUUCACGGAAUGGGCAUUAAAGCCUAUACCUUUAACAAUUGGUCCUACAUGCUUUAAUUUGUCUGUAGCUACAAGAGUAGUAAGUGCUGGAAAAUGGCUUGGAAACGAGGUAAUGAAUCUUGUACUAACCUUUAGUGAAUUUAUCUUCCUAACACUUCUUAUAUGCUAUAUUACUUAACUUUCAUUGUAAAUUUUUAGGAGAUGGAUGCGGUUAUGUUUAUAUGGCGUGUGAACACUACAUUGAAUCGUUGGGCCCCUCGGCGUGUUGCUUUCAUGAGUGCUAUGUUUUGCCUCCAAGUAGACGCUGCAUACAAGAAGUUUUUACCAAACAAAAAAGCCUAUCAAUUGCCUGAUUUCCUUCUUGGGUACGGCAGAGGAGAGCUUCCAUCUCAUGGGCGGACUGAUCUAGUUUGGGGUGUUGAUGUUGAUCGACUCUACUUUCCUCUGUUUGUAAAUGGUAACCAUUCAGUUCUUUUUACAUCCUAGUAUACAUUUCUUCGUUUACAAAUUUUUGUGGACACGAACGCAGGUAAUCACUGGGUUGGUGUCUGUGUAAACAUCAUUGAAAGAAAAGUAGAAGUCUUUGAUUGCGGUCGGGGAAAGAACAGACAGUACGUUGAGAAGUUUGCUGCUAUCAUUCCUAGGAUUGUGAAGUCCGUUGCACCACAAGAAAGACAGAAGCAGCUACUCCUCUCAUCAUAUUCUAUCGUGGAUGUGCCUAUGAAGUUGAGAUUGAAUAAAAGUUGUUGUGAUUGCGGUGCAUACGCUUUGAAGCACUUGGAAUGCUCGCUGCUUGGUCUUGACGUCAGUUUAGUGGAUGAUGAAAUCAUUAUGGGUUGUAGACAGAAGAUUGGAGUGGACUUAUGGGAGGCUGCACACGACCCCAUCUUUGCUGAGGUUAUGACACGAUAU